ACUGCUACAAAACUGGCAACGUGAAAAUGUCGAAACAGUGGUUUGUCGUUGGUAUAUCUGGAGCAACCUGUAGUGGAAAAAGUACGUUGGCUGAUAAGAUCCGCGACACGUUUCCAACAUCUAUUACGUUGCGCCAAGACGAUUUUUUUUUGUUACCGGACGAUCGACGUCACGUUAAGAUACAGGAAUUAAAUCACAUAAACUGGGAAUUGAUAACGAGUUUGGAUAUGCAGAAAAUGUAUUCGGACGUUAUAAAGAUACUUGAAUCCCCCGGAAGAAAUGCGACGGCGUCGAAAAUGCUACUGAUAUUGGAUGGUUUUUUGCUCUUCAAACAUAAGCCCAUCGCAGAUUUGUGUGACUGUAAAUACUUUUUAACGUUGACGAAGGAGCAAUGUUGGGAACGAAGAAAAAAUCGUAUAUACGAACCGCUUGAUGUACCGGGAUAUUUUGAUAAAAUAGUGUGGCCUGAAUAUGUUAAGUACAAAAAUGAAGUUGUACGAAACAACGAGAUGUGUAAAACUAUAACGUUCAUCGAUGGAUCCAAGGAUAUGGUAGAAAUUUAUGAAGGAGUCUCCAAUGAAAUUAGUCACGUAUUAUCUUAAAAAUGUAACUCGCGGUUUAACUUCUCUUAUGAUUAAAUUCAAAUUAUAUGAGUAUCAUCAGCCUGAAACAAAAAAAGACAAGUUUUCUUUUGUGCAUUCCGAAAGAUAUGAAAAAUUAAGUGGACCUUGCCAAGAUAUUUAAUAUCGCAAAUUAAGGAGGACGUAUUCAAGUUAUACUUAUUGGCGCUCAUUUAUCAGGACUGACUCAAAUACACGCUCUCUGUAGCGUGCUUGAUAUAGCGCUAGCUUUACGCGAAACAGCUACAAUAUGCUGUUUUAUUUUUAAUAUCCUUUUGAGAGGUACAUUACAGGUGUCGUAACAUUUUUGCUAUGUCACCCGUGUAUAAGAGUAAUAUAACUUCAAUACGUACUCGACAACCAUGCAGACACGUGUCUUCACAACUUUGGCAUGGACGCGCGGUUUCCCAUAGACGAAUAUCGUCCCUAACGUUGAACUACGUCUUAUCAUACUGAUUUGAGCAACUAACCUCCUUAACAACGUUCAAUAAUUUAUAAACCUCCUCUUUGAUAUUUUUCCGUAAAGAUUUUUUCCUUUUAAAUAAAGUGUUUACUUUUAAGGUUUCGUAUAAUAUUUACCACGUAACUUGUAUAUACGUAUAUGCGUACACGUAUUAUAUAAACCUGAAUCUUUUGUGCUUUAUGUAAUAUUAAAAGUGCACGACGUUUUGCAACAAAAUAUUGCUGUGUAUUACGUUC